GGGAUGAAGAAAUCAUGGUGAUAUCAGGGUCGAGAAGAGGUCCUAGGAGAACAUCCCGAAGGUAUGUGCAGCCUCAUCAAGUUUUCCAUGACCCCCUUAAGCAUUACUAUCCACUUCCGAACCCCCCAUACUUUGUUGAUCCUUCCCAGUAUGUUGCCCAGCCAUUAAAUCACCCUAGAAAGCGAGCACGAGUAUCACAAAAUCUCCACCCGCCUCCGCAAAAUUUUCAAGUACCUUAUAACCCACAUCCAAGCCAGGGGUAUAGAAAGAAACAAAAGCUGAAAGAUAGUUUUACACCAAUAGGAGAGUCCUAUGCAAGCUUAUUUGAGAAGUUAAAACAACAUGGCAUGAUUGCACCCAUUCCUCCAAAUCAGGUGGACCGACGUGCGAGAAGCUUUGACUCAUCUAAAUGGUGUGAAUACCACUCCAAUGCUCUGAGGCACAAUGUGGAAAAUUGCCGGGAUUUGAAAAGAGAAAUAGAAAGGACGAUCCGGGAAAAUUUGAUUCAAGACAGUGGAACCCAGAAUAUCACGCUGCAUCCCUUACAUGAGGAGGCACACUUGGUGGGGAUGAUGCCCGGUGACAUAAGGUAUGAGAAUCCUCGUGGUAACUUGUUGAUUGAAGUUGAAGAUACUGACGCAGAUAGUGGUCAUGGCAAUAUGGAUGCAAAACUUAGUGGCUAGGAUGCCGUGCUUGGUAAUAGGAAAGACGGUCCAUUCCCAAGUCAGCCGGGGAGGAGCUUUGGUGGUCCAUUUUGCUGUCAUUUCUGUUGUCUGGGUUAUUUGCAGGGUUGUCAUCCGGAUAUUGUCUUGUGAUCAAACCCUCUUAUCCUUUCAUUUUUGUCUAGCUUGUUUAGUCGUAGUGGUUCGUUUAAGUGUUGUCCAUGGAUGUUUCAGGUUCAUUCUAGAGUUGUACUCCAGUUUGUUUGCUUGUUUUGUUAUUCCAGUUAUUUCAUCGUUGUCUAAAUGCAAAAUUCCGGUCUUUUGUUACUUCCAAUGAUUGUUCUUCGUUUAGUUCUUUUCUAUCCUUUUGUUUUGUCUUUUGUCUAAUGCUGGUUCUAGUGCCAUGACAUGCACGCAUAAUUCUCAGUCGGAUCUUUAAAAGCUAUGUUAGUCGGGAAGCAAGGAAACCAUUUUUGAAAACGAUAAGGGCACUUGAGGGAAUAAGAACAGAUUGGGACAUUUUGAGAUUGUUUGACGCCCGAACCAUGUGAAACUGAGGCAGAUAGAACAUAAAGAAACCCUAAAGGCAAGUUUGCCAAAUUGACAAGGGGAUGUUCGUGGUAAUGAGAGUGAGGGUGUUGUCCAAUGAGGCUUGGUAAUUAACAUAUGUGAAAGGCGAAUGUGUGGAUAUGGUUAUCAAGUCUAGUACAAUUAAGAGAUGUUAAAAUGUUUUCCUAGGUCUGUUUAAUAUUUUAGUUUGCACUUGGCAUGUUUUGAAGAUUGGAAUGACGAAGACAUUUUGUUCUGCUAUCUAAACACCUUAUCCUU